UUGAUUAAAAAACCCGAUGCCCUCCUCCUGUAAGCGAAACAGAGGCUGAGAGCGGAAAACACUUCUCAUGAACAGAGCCAACAAGUUUUUGCUCUCCGCUCUUAUCUCCGUUAAGCAAACGAGAUCAUCUAUCUCUUCUUCUUCUUCUCCGUUGAGGCUUCUUUCUACGAAGAACAACAGCCACAACUCCAAAUCCAAGAAGAGCUCUCUCAUCCUCCAAGAGUUCCGUCGUCGUCGGGAAAAAGGCUCCGCGAAGAGUGAACCCCCGAGAACGGUUGAUUCUUCCUGCGGCGGGACCGACGUGGUGAGUGGUUAUGUAGGGCUGGGGCUGAGGAUGGAGCUGGUAGCGGCGGCGGAAGAGAUUUCCGGAGACGGCGGCGCUGUUCCCUCCGAGAUUCAAUGCAUCGGAAUUCCCGCCGUUUUGGAUGGCAAGUCUGUCGUUUUGAGCUCCGAGGCUGGCUCUCCCAGGGCUCUCGCCUAUCUCCUCCCUCUCGUCCAGUUAUUAAGGAGCGGCACAGUUAGCAUGAAGCCCAAACGUCCUCGAGCGGUUGUGUUAUGCAACACAGAAGAGGUGUCUGAUGAGUGCUUCCUGAUGGGAAAGUACAUAAGUAAUCACUGUCGCUCAAAGUCCUCCAUUGAAGACGACCGAUCUGAAUCAAAAGGCAAUGAGAAUAUGACGACCCCUCCCCUUGGGAUGUUGGUUGGUACCCCCAGUGAGAUUCUUCUACAGAUAGAAGAAGGCGACGUUUUCUGUGAUGAUGUGAAAUAUUUGGUAUUGGACGAGGCAGAUGCCAUGUUGAGGCAAGGUUUUGGCCCCAUGAUUCAGAAAAUAGUAAGCCAAUUACCUGACUGCAUGGGGAUUCAAACUGUGGUUGUUACCUCUCCGGCUUCAGAGAUGAUUGGUAAGCCAGUGAUGGAGCAUGUUGGAGAAAUAAGUGCGAUGAUGUUGGAGAUUGACAGAAAGGAGGUGCUUGACCUGCUCGCAUCACCGGAUGCUGUCAUGAAUAGAGUGGCGGAAGCCUUGGCCUCUCUCCCUGGCUGUUGACCUUUUGCAUAUCACAUCACGCUCGUAAGUUCUUGUUUUACUUUUUCAUCUUUCAUGACUCAUGAUAAUAAUAAUAAUAAUAAUAAUUUACAGUUCCCCUUA